CAACAACAGCAGGAUGCUCGGACAGCUGUCAGGCUGAAACUCACCGAGCUGCGGUUUAUUUAUUUAUUAUUUAUUGAUGCGCGGCACGCAGGCACGCGUGCACGGGGCCUGAUCGUUCUCCCGAUUCCUCGAUGCACGGGCGAAGUUUAAACUGAGGAGAGAGAUGAAUCAUCGGAGAGAGAGCAGAUCCACCGCCGCUGCUGUUGCUGCAGAGCUAACAGGCUAACGGUCACAAUGGAGAGGCUUUUAUAAAGUUUAUUAACACGGGGACUUAGUGACAGCAACAGUCAGCUAACAUGAACUCACUGCUGGAUUUUGAGGAGUGUGUCAAAGACUCACCUGAGUUCAGAUUGAACCUGGAUCAGUUCGAGACUGAAGUUUCCCUGCUGGAGACACACCUGGACAAGGUGAUGAAGCUGUGCGGUAAGAUGGUGGAGGCGGGACAAGCGUACAGUUCAGCCAAUCAGCUGUUCCUGAGCGGUCUGGCUGAGCUCUCCAUGUACCAGAAGACGGACAGCAUCAUCAUUACCUGUCUGAACCAGUUCAACCAGGGACUGCAGGAGAUGGUCAGCUUCCACACUAUGUUGUUCGAUCAGACUCAGAGAGCGAUCAGCCAACAGCUGACCAACCUCUGUACACAGUUCAUCCCCCAGCUGGCAGAGACCAGGAGGGAGUUUGUUCGGAUCGGAGAGGAUCUGGAAACGGCAGCGGUAAAAAAUGCUCAGGUGUCUCGCCACAAAGCCGGUGAUGCUGAGAGGGCAAGUCACCUGCUGCUCGCCACACGCAAAUGCUACCAACACUUCGCCCUGGACUACUGCCUGCAGCUUAACACCUUCAAGACUCAACAGAAGGUUGACGUCUUAAACUCAGUUUUCUCCUUCGUACACGCUCAGUUCACCUUCUUCCACCAAGGCUUCGACCUGCUCAGAGACCUGGAGCCCACCAUGAAGAGCAUGGCAGCACAGCUGUCCCAGCUGUCAGCAGACUGUGCAACCGAAAGAAAAGACCUGGAGAACAAACACCUGCUGGUGCAGCAGAGAGAUGCUUCAGGUGAGCCUAUGGUCAGCCCGUGUCCCGGGAGCGAUGACAUCAUCCAGGGUUACCUGUUUAAGCGGUCUAGGAGGAAAUCCAAAACCUGGAAGAGGUGCUGGUUCUCCAUCAGAGACAACCAGCUCAUUUACAGGAAGUCACACAAGGAGAAUGCCGUGGUUCUGUUUGAGGAUCUCAGACUGUGUGCUGUGAAACCCCUGGAGCACAUCGACCGACGCUUCUGCUUCGAGCUGCUCUCCGUCCAGAAGUGCUGUGCUCUGCAGGCUGACUCGGAACAGCUGAAGCAGGCCUGGCUCAGUGCUCUGCAGGGUAGCAUCGACCUCGCCUACAGAGAGAGAGCCGGCACGCCGCUCACACAGCCUAAAGAGCUGCCCUCUCUCCAGUGUGUUGGGGACAACCCUCUGGGCCCCCCCACUCAGAAGCCAGCAGCCCUGGGCAUGGCCCUGAGGGGCCUUGGGAACCAGCGGUGCUGUGACUGUGGGGAGGAGGAGCCACGCUGGGCCUCCAUCAACCUGGGAGUCACCAUGUGCAUCGAGUGUUCUGGCAUACACAGGAGCCUGGGUGUUCACCUGUCGAAGGUGAGAUCUCUCACUCUGGACUCAUGGGAGGCCGAACAGUUGAAGCUUCUGUGUGUUUUGGGAAAUAAUGUGAUGAACCGGAUUUACGAGGCUCGAUGUUCAGAGGAGGGACGAGUUAAACCCACAGCAGACAGCCCACGAGCAGAGAAGGAGAUGUGGAUCAAAGAGAAAUAUGUGGAGAAGAGAUUUGUGCAGAGCAGCAGCUCAGAUGGAGCUCAGCGUCAUAAUGAUGAAGCGGGGCUGCAUCUGUAUCAGGCAGCAGUGGCAGGAGACCUGGUUGCCAUGGCAGCAGCGUUGGCUGUAGGGGCGGAGGUCAACAACAGCAUUGGUGAGGAGGAGGGACGAACAGCGCUGAUUGGAGCCGCUAUCGGGGGGUCGCUGUUGGCCUGUGAGUUCCUGCUGCUGAAUGGCGCCAACGUCAACCACCGAGACCUGAGGGGACGGGGAGCACUGCACUCUGCCGCCACCGCUGGACACACCGGACAGGUGUGUCUGCUGUUGAAAAGAGGAGCCAAUCAGUACGCUGUGGACGAGAGAGGACAGGACCCAUUGGCCAUUGCCAUGGAAACAGCCCACGCUGACAUUGUCACACUACUGCGGAUGGCCAGGAUGAAUGAAGAGAUGAGAGAUUCAGAGGGAGUUUUUGGAGCAGUGGGAGACGAUGAGACGUUUCAGGACAUCUUCCGUGACUUCAGCGACAUGGCCUCACAUGACCCGGAGAAACUCAGCAGGCGGCAGUUCAGCCGGGGGGGAGAGGAGGCCGAGGAGGAUGAGGGGGGCAGAGGGAGAAGAGGAGGAGGAGCAGGAGAAGUGGCGAACAGCCAGGACAGUGUUGAAAAGAUCAGGAUGACAUAAACCCAUCGGACUCUCUGUGGAGUCCUGCUCCAAAACCAGGUUUCAUUUAACAUGUAGAGUUUACUGACAGCUGGAGUCUAAAAACUGUGUUGAACUCAUAAGAUAGCAUAAUAUAAUGUAGUAUACUCUUUAUAAAGACACUGUAAGUGCACAUAGUUUACUUCAUGUACAGUUACUGCGGUUGGAAAAGUGUUACCAGUGUUCAGGAAGAGGAGGAGCCACGACUGCAGCUAAUGUCUGUUUUCAUUAUCACUUCAUCUGCACAUUUUCUUAAUUAAUCGUUUGGUCUUUAUAACAGAAAUUUAACCACAGUUUAAUUUAAAGCUCCAUAUUUUCCUCUUCUUCUGUGUUUUAUUUGAAGUCUUGAUCCAUAAGAAGAUAUAUAUGUAGCUGCUGGGCCACCUCAGUAGGAGCGUCUUAUUUCAGGGUUCAGUUUCCAGUGGUUGACGAGGCCCAGGUCCAACAGUAACGCCCCAAGCAGCUGGAGGGUCACACUUGUUGGUCGGACCAGACUGAAACAUGUCAACAUUCAAGGAUGAAUCCCACUGACUUUUCCACUGUCAGGCUUGCAUGUGGUUCUUAGUGAAAUCAUCAUCAGGUCAACGUUUUCAUUUGUCCAGUACUUUUACUAUAUAGACGACAUUACAGAGCAUAAAUACAUGAAUGGAUAUUGCUGAAAAAAAUAUCGACCAUAAUAACAUUAAUAACAGGGUUUGAUUUCAUGAUGGUUUUAAGGAUUAUAACUGUAAUGAGUGAAGUACCUUCAAAGCUCCACCACAUUUUCCACUGAGGAUUCAAACACAGUCCCAUUCUUCAGUCGGUGGAGCUGAAGGUUUUAACUUGUAUUUGAUGUGUGUUCUCUAACCUGUGCUCAGAAAGGGAUUUUAAAUGUAGCUGCUGUUACAUUUUACAGCUAGACAAACGUCUGAGACUGAAUCUAAAUGUUUGAAUGAAUUAGGACUGAAGUGGACCAACUGACUGUAAAGACAGAAAUCAACUGCCACACUGCUGCUGUUACAUAACAUGUUUUAUUGGAAAAUAUUAAAACCUGCUGAAAACACUGCAUCAAUUCAGUCAAGUCCUGAAGCUUCAGGGAAACAUUUCCUUCCACACUGUUACUAAUGUGAUGCUACAGCUUAAUAAAAUGUCUUAAUACAU